UUAACUAAACGCUAUUCACAUAUAUUGGCACCAUAUUUGUCAUUCACCUUCUACGUCACAUGUAGAGUCUCGGCCUAGAUCUAGCUAUAAUGGGCUUUAAUUUGGCGAUGACUCUUUCCUAAAUCAGCAAUUCGGCCUACGGGUGGACUGGGCUCUAUAGCUUACUAGAAUUAUUCUGGAAUCUAAAACUAUAAAAAGAAAAUUUAAAAAAAAAAAAGCUUUGGGGAGGUCACUUAAUAAGCGUGUAAUUGUAUGUAAUAGAUACAUUAUUUAAGGGCGGUGUGGCCAUAUGUUGUUGCUCUUCUUCUGAAAUGACAUAUUUUGAUGUCUUGCAAUAAAACGAGUAGUAGGGUUGUUACAUUUUCUUAUUCGAAAUUACUGAAGCGUAGGGUAGUGCUAAAAUUUGAUAACACAGUCCGAGGGAGAUAAACUUCGUAAUUGCCAUAAUCUAGACAAGAUAAUUUAGCAGAUGUGAGUGGACAAGCUGGGCAGUGGUGAGCAUACGUGCACAAGGUCAGCCUGGAGCAACAACUGAACGUAACGAGCUGAACUUAAAUUAAUGAGCGGAACUGAAGUCAAACAGAAAUUCGAGGUUGUAGCCCCAUAGAUACGCCAAGUAUCUACUCCACUAUUAUGUCCACAAGGGUGGUCAACACAAUAGCUAUUGUUGCUUGUGUUGUGAUCGCUGUGCUGGUGACGCUUCACUUGCUGCCCGGCACGCUUACGUGUGUUAGCCAGACCUCAGAUGACACACAAAAGGCCAACGUUCGAAUCCAAGAACUGACCAAUGAGUUGCACAAAUUUAAGUCACUCGUUGACACAGGAUCACAGCGACAGCAAAAGUCGGGCCUACCAAACAUCCCAAGAGACUCGCCACCUGCACAUGAAAACUUUGUGGAAGAUUUAGGCUCAGGGCCCCUCAAAUUGGUUAGAGAAAAGGGAUACGCCCACGACCUGGUGACACUAGAGUUGGACAAGCUAACAGACGAGGAGCUGCUCAUGACGAUGCACAGCUAUGUUGACAACAUUGAUGUGCUGUGUCGGAGGAAAUUUCGAAUGGGUAACCUUGGAGACGGAGGCUGGGAAGUUUGCGACGACCCUGACGUCCGACCACGUGAUCCCUGCAUCGUCUACUCUUUCGGCAUCAACAAUGACUUCUCCUUUGACGACGACGUUGCCAAUGUGUACGGCUGUCACGUGUAUUCAUUUGACCCCAGCAUGACUAAUAUGCCGGAAGUGACAAAUAGGUCAGAAAAAGUCCACUUUCACAGAAUUGGCCUUGACGGAAGAACAUAUGUCAACGCCAUAAACUGGCCAUUGUACACUCUUCAGGACAUCAGAAAGAAACUUGGCCACCAGCGCGAUGCAAUAGAUGUCAUCAAGAUAGAUAUUGAGAACUCGGAGUGGCCAGCGAUUCCCGAAAUGGCAGAGUCCGGGGCCUUCGACAAGGUCAAGCAACUUUUGCUUGAGUACCAUGUGGAAAAGACAGACAGAAACUUCUUGCUGCCCAAGCUGAAAGCUAUUCAGUUGGUGGAGAAGGCUGGGUUUAAAAAAUUCUAUGCCCACAAAAACCCAGCAUGCAUAUUUUCAGUCAAAGGUUUCCCCGUAGUUAGGACUAAAUGCUAUGAAUUACACUAUCUAAAGAGAUAGCUACCUGAUUUACACUAUGAAAUUAUACAAUAACUUUUCGAGCAGCCCAUUGGAAUGGAAAUGUACAAUCACAGAAACCUUGUAUGUUGAAUGUUAGCGUUAAUUAUGAAUUAUACAACAUUUCGGUGUUCAUUUAAUGUGAUUUUUAGGCCAUCAUGAAACGUUAGAUGCACCAUUCUGUGAUUCUAUUCAUAUGUUAUCAACUAUCACAGACUUCUUGACCCAGUAACAUAUGAUAACAGCACGUUUUGUUAUUGUUGUCUCGACCAUAUCUCUUAGUUACAGACUAAUGGUUCAAAACUAAAUGACACGACACUCAAUUCUGCAUGCAUAUAUUUAUUGACCGGAAACAUAUAUUGCUUGAAUAAUAUCAGAAAGUUGGCAUGUAGAUUGGGAAUCAAUGUACACUUUCACAUUUUAUUUCGAGAAAAUUAGAUAAUUCCAAAAUUAUCUACAUACUACAAAUUACUGUGGGUUUUAGAAAUAUGGUCUGAAAUUUUUUGUCUAGGUAUAUUCAAUCAUUCAUUUUGUGGUAUUGCUUUUUUUUUUCCGAGUUUUGUUUUAAUUUCUCGUGUGGGGUUCUUCAUUAAUCAUUGUCUUCAAUAGUUACAAAGUAUUUUUAAAUCCUCGAUCUUAUUUUUUGAACAAUACCUCUUGUUGAAGUCAUAAUUUUAUUGAAGGAGGAGAUACCUGGAUGCUGAUCCCGAAACGGCUCUGACGAUUUUUCUAGAAAUUUGACAAUUGAUGCCUAUCGCUGAGAAAAGAAUUAGCCUACUAGCUCUAGUUUGACUGUUAUCAUUUUUCAAGUAAAAACAAAAACAAAAAUUAAAAGUCGAAUUGGCUAGAGAUCCAGUUCUAGGAUUCCAGGUCUAGAUCCAACACAAGUUUUGAAAGGACUAUCGCUUUCGGGAAUUUCCGAAUGCAAGCCUUUUUGGAUUCAAGAGUUUAAUUAAUGAAUGUUCAGGAAAACUUAGCGCGUCGUCUUCAAAGUCUAGAUCUAAAUGCUUAUCAUUGGAAUAUUAUAAAGUGUAGUAGUUUUAUGUAUUCGCUUAGCCAGCGAUUCUCUCUCGGAGGAGGGGGGUAUUGUCUUGUUCAAAAAGUAUUUGUAUGUUUUUCUUGUUAAAUUCCUACUCGUAUGAGUCUAUAGUACUCUAUACUCUCUUCAGGGGCUCAAAAAGUUAAAUGUUGGAAUAUAAACAAGGUUGGUAGGUGGAAUUCUGGACUUUCCCGAAAACUGACAAGGACGCUGAUAGAGUGGCGCUAAAAACCUAAUUGACAUCAUUCACUAAUCGUAAACAAACAACAUUUAGCCACGUGAUAAUAAUGAUAAAACAACGAAGAAAAAAAGUAUCACAUGACAGCCUUUGUGUAUUACGUAAUUUGUAUAGAAGCACGUGACUAAAUGGUGUUUGUUUUCAAUUGGUGAAUGAGGUCCAUUGUCAUGGGUCUGACCCGCCUACAAGCCAUUUUCUUUUUUCAGUGCUGACCUAAUCCGAUUCAGAUAAGAACAGAUCUAAUCCAACCUGAUCAUAUCCAAUUUGAUUCGAUCCAAUCCGUUAUGCUUCCAUCCUGUUCAUGUGCAUAUAAGUCUAAGCGAAGGUUACACUCAAAUAAGCAAACCAAUUAAUACAGGCGAGAAGCCAACACUGUAAAGGUACUUGACGCUGAAGAACGGUGUCGAACAAGAAGUGGAAUUCAUAAGAAGGGAACCGCCUUAGCCGGCCUCUCUCUAAAGCCGUCAAUAGUCUCUCUGUAUUUACUUUCGUUACACAGUCAAAUCCUAGUCAUGUUUUUUAAUAACCACGUCACUAUCUUUAGGCAAAACUUUCAUUUUUUACGAAACAAAUAUUUUUUUUUUUGGCGCCAAAGUCCUAAUCGUGUCAUAACAAUCCUUAUCCUUAUAGUGUUCUGUUUUAAAUUGUUUACAUAUUUGUAUAUCUUCAGAGUUUUAUUUUUGUUCUUAUUGUUGUUAUUUUUUAAUCAAUUAACGUAUAUAUUAAUUAAUUUAUUUAUUGCAAAGUAGAAUAAAAUUAAAAGAAUGUUACUGUA